AUGACAGAAGUUGAUUUUGUCGAUAACGUGCUUCUCGCAUUAAAGGGAAAUAACACGGAGAAAAAAAUUGAAGCGAUAACGAAAUUAGAAGACGAAUUGUUGGAGGAAACUCCGCUAGAGCCGCAAGUAAUUAGUCAACUUGUACCUGCCUUAAGAGAUGCUCUUAAAGGCUCUCAACAACAAGUUUCAUAUGUAGCGCUUAUAUGUCUGAACCCUUUUAUAUCUUUAAUAGCUGAAUCACAUCCAACAUUUCUUAAGAAUGUUGUUGUAGCUUUUGCAGCGGCUGUUAUAGAUAAGUUAGGGGAUACUAGAGACAAAGCAAGAGAUGCAGCAUUAAACGUUUUAUUGACAAUGUGGAUUUCAGCGGCCAAUGGCGGUAAUGUAAUCACGGCACCAUUAGUAACCAUAAUCAAAGAAACUGCCUUUGAGCAUAAACAGUGGAGAGCUCGCGAACAGAUUUUACAAUGGAUAGUAAAUUGUACUAGAAGAGUUUCGGAUUUUUCCAUAAAACAAUGGGUGCCAUAUAUGGUAAAAUUAUUGGAAGAUCCUCAUGAGCAAGUGAGAGAAACUGCAAAAGAUAGAAUAGUUUUACUUUUCAGUGGCGCGGCAGCACACGCUAAGUUAGAUCUUAAACGUGAACUCGAGAAGCAGUCAGUGCGAGCUGCAAUAACGGAAUAUAUUUUAUCAAAAAUGGGCUCUAAUUAUGGUGAGGCGAAUGACAUAGAAACUUUUCCAGAUAAUAUGACAGAGCCUAUAGAGGAAGAUUAUAUGAGCGUUGGUACUCCGAAUGAAGAAACAUCAAGAUCAAUAGGAUCUAAUAGACCUUCUAGUUCAGCAGAUGAAAUUGGAAUAAUGCGUAUCGAAAGUGCAAAAGAACUGGAAAAAGAGUUUCAAAAUUUAUUGACACCAUUCUCAGGAAAAGAAUCCGAACAAAAUUGGUUAAUUCGUGAGAGAAAUAUUAAUAAAUUGAGAUCUUUGACAAGAGGAGAUGCAGCAUCACAAUAUCCAGAUGCAUUCAUAAAUGGUUUGAAAUUAAUUAUGAGUGGUAUUCUUACAUCACUCACAAGUUUACGUACAACGCUUACUUUAGCUGCAAGUGGAUUAAUCAAAGAUUUAGUAUCACACCUAGGAACAAACAUGGACCCUUUCGCAGAUAAUUUGCUUGCAAAUUUAUUAAAGAUGGUUCAAUCAACAAAAAAAAUAGUGGCACAAGCUGCUGCAAACUCCGCAAAUUCUUUAUUCCAAUAUUGUUCAUAUCAUGCUAGACUUGUUACUCAACUUUGGCAUGCAAUGGAAGAAAAGAACAUUCAAUUACGAGCUUAUACUAUUGGGUUUGUGAAGACAGUUAUUCAAACACAUGCUGAUCGAAGGGACACAAUGGAACGAACCGGUGGUGUUGAAUCUCUAGAAAAGUGUGUCCGAAAGGGCUUAACUGAUGCUGCACCUAAAGUGAGAGAAGGAUGUCGCGAAGUAUUUUGGACAUUUUAUGAAGUCUGGCCAGAUAGAGGAGAAAAGAUUUUGAAAAUUUUGGAACCUGCGGUAAAAAAAAAGCUAGAGCGCGAUCGACCAAGAAAUAUGUCAUUAACACCCUUAUCAUCAACAUCAUCACAACCGAGACGAUCCACUACACCUGCUCCAAAAAGUCGAGCUAGAUCUUCGAGUAUUGGUAAAUCACGACGACCUAGUAUUCCAUCUGAUAGUGGUGCUAGUGAUAAUUAUUCAAUGUCGAAAUCGCCAGUAAGUAAUCCAUCUACUUUACGUUCGAAAUCGCCCGCACCACCCUCCAUGAGAAGUAAAUCCACAACACCAAAAUCUCCCAUGAAGUCUUCACCAAUCAAAAAUGGUUCACCUAAUUCAACACAGAUAUCAAAUAUACAACCUAGAAAACUGACAAUUGUUGAACAAUUAGAACAUAAUGAUUGGACUACUCGAGUCGAAGGACUAUUCAAUGUGGCUCAAUUAGUUGUAAAAAGGUCAUUAGAACCAACUUCAGCAAACAAAACGGGAUAUGAUUUCAAAAAAUCGCCACUUCCUCCAGAUGAAGAAUUAGGUCCAAUAUUACUUAAUGUGUUGAACGAUCAAAAUCCUAAGGUUAUUGAAAACUUUUUGGCCCCUAACGUUAUUACCGAAAUGGCGAGGGUGAUUCGUCUCGAAAACUUAAUACCAAGACUUAUAUUAUUUGCUAAUGAUGAUAAUAAAUCGGAACAAUCGAUGAUAAUUCAAAAUCUUUUUCCUGGGGUGAAGAAUGCUAUCGGAACCGAACAUGCUCUUUUGGGUUUGAAUAAAUGUCUAUUAUUAUUAACCAAUUCCGGAACAACAUCGAAAAAGUCAUCCUUUGUAUAUACACUACCACAAAAACGUAAAAUUUUAAAUGGAAUUUUAUUGUGGUUUAAUGAAAUAAUUGAACCAAAAUUAGAGCUAGUUGAAAAUGAUCAAGAGCUUACUGGGUUUUUAGGAGAUGUCGAUAAAUACAACCUCCUUACAAAACGACUUAUUCCACUAGUCAAUAAUACUAAGGAAUCAUCAGAAAAUUACGAGCCUCUCAGUAGAUUAUUGAUAAAUUUGCAUAAACUAGAUCCUGAUGCAUUUGAAACCAUCUUAUUUUCUUUCGAAGGUAAAGUAGUAGAUUUAGUGGAGCGUGAAGAGCAGCAACAACGCGAGCAUGAAUUACAACAACAACGGCUGCGUGAGUUACAGCAGCAAAGAGAGCAGAAGCAACAAGAACGCGAAUUGCAAAAACAAAAGGAGCGAGAAUUACAAAAACAAAGAGAUCUUGAAUUUCAACAGCAACAACGCGAAUUUGAGUUGCAGCAACAACGCGAGUUCGAGUUGCAGCAACAACGCGAGUUCGAGUUACAGCAACAACGCGAAUUCGAGUUACAGCAACAGCGUGAAAUUGAAAUACAACAACAGCGUGAACUUGAAUUGCAGCAUCAACGUGAAUUAGAACUUCAAAAACAACGCGAAUUUGAACAGCGAGAAAUUGAACUUCAACAAGAACGCGAAUAUGAACUUCAACAGCGUGAACUCGAAAUACAACAGCAACGCGAAGCUGAAUUACAACGACAGCACGAAAUUGAAUUGCAUAAGCAACAUGAAUAUGAAUUACGUGAGCGUGAAUACGAAAGAGAAAUGCAGGCACAUUUAUACGCUCAUAGGCCUCCUCCGUUGCAACUUCAAUCGUCAAAUAAAUUUUCGUCCCAAAAUUCACCACUCUCUCAAAAAACUAUGAUCAAAGAUAACAUUAACGAUUGGGUGGAAAAUCAGAGGGUACCACAUUUAUCGCAGAGAGACGAUGAUUUAAGAAACUCUAAAGAAAAGGAUAUUUUAAGGGAACAAGAAUGGGCACGGAAAAAUCGACCAAAAACAGCUGAACCUCAUUGGCUUGAUCCACGUCCAAGAGAUAUUGAUAGAGUAAGAAGAGCAAAAACUCCAACAAGAGAGAAUGAAUAUGAAAGGCGAAUGUAUAGAGAAAAUGGUAAUUGGGAUGAAAGGGAAAGACUCAUGUCUAGGGAUAUUGAUAUGUAUGAAAAGGAUGAUAUAUAUGAUGAUAGGCGAAGAGAAUUUGAAUUGAAUGAGAGGGGUAGGCGACCACUAAAUGAUGAAAGAAGCCGAAUGAUCAGGGACAAAACUCCCUAUAAGGAAAAUAAUAGGCGAGUUCCCAGAGAGUAUGAUAUAAAUGACAAGAAUCAACGAUUCUUAAAAGAUUCUCAUGAAGACGAACUGGAUGGAAGAGAUAGACGCCCUUUCCCUAGAGGUUCUAACCAGAACGAUUUUGAUGAAAGAUUAGGUGGAAGACGUUCACUUAAAAAGACAAAAUCAACUGAUUGGGACGAUAAAAAUGGACGACCUAUCCGCAAAGAGCGGGAUAUAAGAGAUAAUGAAUGGGAUGAUGUUAGUAGUCGAUCUUCAGGAAAAGAGAGAGAUAAUGAUUGGGAAGAAAGAAGUGUUCGAUCAAUACCUAGAGACUUGAGAGAAGGAGAUUUUGAUGAAAAGUUAAGUCAACAUUCUUCAAGGGAUAAAAGAGACCAAGAAUGGGAUGAUAGAAUGCAUAGGCUUCGACCAAGAGAAUCAAGGGAGAGCUUGGAAGGUAAAAAUACUAGGCCAUCGCCUAGAUUUCCUAAAGAUAAUGACUCUGAUGAAAGGAGUUUAAAGGCAUCACCGAGGGAUCCACGUAAAAAUGAUUGGGAUGAAAGAAAUGCUUAUCGUGAUAAUGGCUAUUCAAAUAACAAGGCACCUGUAAGAGGUCCUGAAUGGAGCGAUAAGGGUAGAUACAGGUCAAGAGAUAGUGAUUGGACUGAGAGCACAGAUAGACAAAGUGAAGCUCAUGAGGAGGAUGGAGAUACUAUAAGCGAAUUUGACUUAACUCAGCCUGAGAAAUCGAAUAUCAAGGAAAGAGAUCAUAAUAGUAAGCCAGUAGAUCGAGUUGUAUCGUUACCGCCGCCUCCACAUGAUUUAGGAUAUCCAGAAUUUGAUGAUAAAGAUCCCGAGCUUGCAAAUUUGAAACAACUUGUAGAAAAAUUGGAUAUGGAGGAGGAAGAAGAUAUAAAUGAUGAAAAUGUCCCGGAAAAUUUUGCUGACAUGACAAUAAGUCGACCAGACAGUAUUUAUAUUUCUGAAGCCGUAUGGACUCAGUUAGAGAAUACAAUGAAUGGCAACAUGAACAAUCCAUUCUACUUGAAUCCUGAAGAACGGUUCAAAAGUGAUAAUAAUGUGGUAGAUGUAAAAUUAGCACCAAUUCAAGAAGACGAAGUGCCUGAAGUGCCUGAAUCGACACAUGUUGAAGAGAAAUCCAAAUCUCUUGACGAUGAGUCGUCUCAGGUAACGAUGGAUAACGAUCUUCCAAAACGAAUAUUACAGUCAACUGUUUCAGAAACAGUCACUGAAAAUUCUUCAAAGUCGGACUUACCAAAUACAGUUUCGGAGAUAAUAGAAGAAAAAUCUGACAAAUCAGUUCUUUCAUCGAUAAAUACCGAAUCUAUUCCAGAAGAACCAUCUCCUACUAAUAUGCCUAUAAGUAAUGUCUCCGCAUCUGAAUUACCAUUACCUGCAUCACCAGUUUCCUCAGUGGGUAGUGGUAGUUCAAUAUCUGGUGCACGGGAUAGAGCUUUAAAAAGAGCUGAACGAUUUAAUUCUGGUUCACCUCUUCCUGGUGCUGCUCAAGAGAGACGUUUAUUGCUUGCGACAUUGUUGGCACGUUUGCAUGGUUAUGAUACAGACGUUCACCUGUUUCGUAAACUUAUCAGAAUAUCUAAAGAAACGCAAUUCUCAAAUAGGGAAUUGGCAGAAGAUAUAUGGGAAAAUGGCGAUCGAUUUAUUGAACUAAUGAAUGCAUUAAUAGGAUUUUUGAGUGAUUCAGAACAGCAAAAUAAUGAAUUGAGAGAAGGAGCAGUAAUGCUACUUGGACAAUUGAUUAAUAAUCAACCUGAUUACACCAGGGGUCAGGAAAGAGAUAUAUUACGCAUUUUAUUAGAAUGUCGGGCUGAUUCAGCGUCGAAUAUAUGUGGACAUGCAGAUGAUACUUUAGAUAAUUAUAUUCAAAUAGUAGAUGCUAAUGUCGGAUUAUAUGCAUUAAUUGAUAUAAUGGAAUCGAGUUUAUUUAACACAUUUGGAAGCGUACCAUUACCUGGUAAUAGCCCUUCACAAUUCGGCUCAAAGACAAGCAUGAAAGGGUCUGCAUUUGUAGUUUUAUCAAAAUUGGUUAAAAGGUUCGAUAAGAGGUCAUUAGAAAGACAAGUUGGACGUGUCGUGCCGUUAGCUAUUAAGGGAUUUAGUGAUCCAAAACCUGAAAUUCGAAAAUCAGUAGUCGAUUCACUUGUUGCAAUAUAUUCAAUAAUAGGGGAUGACAAUACAUUGUUCCAGUAUCUUGGUAGUUUAAACGCGGCUCAACUAAACCUUCUAAACUAUUAUUUUGAUAAAAGUCGAAAACAGCGAAGAGCCACAUCAUCACCUGGACGAGGAGUUCGCGUAUAA